UGGAAAAGGGCCAGCGGCGAAUGCGUUCCCUGGACUUGGUAAUCGUGCUUACUUCACAAAAGAAUACAUGGACAUACUCGAGGAGAUCAAGACGCACAAGGCUCGAAGACGCGAAGAAGAAAAUGGCAAAUGGGCGUCGAACAUCCCUCGAUCGACCAACAGGUGUUCGAAUUGUCGAACUACCAGACGAGGCGAGUAGAUCGGAGGUUCGCUCUUCAGUAAAAAGCGAUGAGAUGAAGGCUUGGGUUACUUCCACGCUUGGAAGUUCCCUAACACUCAUUACCGACCGACUUGAGGAAGUGGAUAAGAAGUCGAAGCUGACGGUUGCUGAGAAAGCGGAGUUGGAGAAGCCGCGUGAAGAAAAGAUCGCCUUUGAGAAAGGGGAGAAAGGAAGCAAGGAACUGUCCAGCAAUGAGAAGAGAAAGAGAGCUGGUCAGAGUACCCCAGCUGGAAACUUACCUGGUGUCAAUCGAGUGAAGUCUCAAUCGCGAGGAGGCAGUAAGACGAAAUCCAAGCGUAUUGAGAUUUCCUCGGAUGAAGAAGGGGCGAAUUUAGUGAAACAAAACCUGCAAGCCAAGAUGGAGAGUAGUAGCAAAUUGGCAGACAUCAAGAUGAUGCUUGCUGCCUUAAUGCAAGGGAUGAAUGACACUAAGGGGAAGGCUGAAGAAGAUGUUGAUGUGGUGCAGCAAGAAAUCAAUGCAGAGGAGGACGAAGGCGACGAGGGUGGUCUGGCCACAUACAUGAAAAUGCGGCAAGACUUUUACGCAUAUCUGCACUACACGCGUGUGGAGGAGAUGUGUAAACAGAAGAACAUACAGUACUUUAGGAAGGACAUGGGUGUGUGGGAGCUGGCCAGAUUGGACCUGCAGGAGUAUGUGGACAUGCUCAAAGGUGGUAAGCCCCGCUCGGGGGGUGAACCCUCCAGCGCUAAUGGUGCAAACGCAGGGGAGAGCAUUGAGAUGAAUUCGGCCUUUGGUGAUCCUGUUAAGGGAAAUUGAGUCUUGGGAGUUUUCGUUCCCUCAGAAGAGCGACGAGCCGAAUCCAGCGUCUUAAAAGC